UGCGGUGCCGGAGCCGCUGCCCUCCGACCGUCCAGCUCGUCGUGCUGGAGGAGGAGCAGCAUCGCCACCGCUCCAGGCACCGCCGGCAGCCUGUCCGUUUAUAGACUUUAUAAACUACAUUUUGGCUACGAGUUCACGCUCUUCAACCAAUAUGUCUUCUGGGGAAGCUACUCGCUCAGAUAAUGGUACACAAGGACCUCCUCAGGACAGAAAUCAAUCCAAAAUGGACGCCAUAGAAGAUCUGAGAAAGAAACUCCAGGAGCUUGAGAAAAGAAACCUGGAAUUAGCCAGUAAACACAAUCAAGAUAUGUCACACUAUGAAAAAGAUUUAAUGAAAUUAAGGUUAGAACUGGAGAGAGGAGAGGCUCUUCGUCGAGUUCUGGAGAGUGAAAUGUUCUUUGCUAGAAAAGACGCUCAGGUGCAGAUGUAUUCUGCAGAGGAUGAGAUAUGUGAGGCAAAAGCCAAGCUUUUGGAACUGCAAGAUACUUUUCAGCCUCCUGUUUCACCCUCAGCCUUCAAUGCACCUGCUGCUCCUACUCCCACACCUGAAGAUACUUCUCAGCCUCCUGUUUCACCCCCUUCAGCCAGUGCACCUGCUGCUCCUGCUCCUGCUCCUGAAGUACAUCAGGGAGACCCGAGACACAGAACCUAUGCUUUGUCAGCAACUGACAUACCCUCUGAUGGGACACUCUACAUAACCCGCCCUGAGCCUGGAACCGAUGCAACCAUUGAAUCCUUUCAGCUACCAUUUGUACCACAAGAAAUCAGUACAUCUGAAGGUCCUGCUCCUGAUGUACACUCGGGACAGCCUGGACACAGGACAUACGUUUUGUCAGGAAGUGACAUACCCUCUGGUGGGACACCCUACAGAACGUACACUUUGCCUGGAACAGACACAGCCUCUGAAUCUAUUCGGAGUUACUUUGUAACCCAAGGAAUCAGUACAUCUCGUGGUCCUCCUUCCGAUGGACGCUGGGGACAACCUGAACAGAGAACCUACAUUUUUUCAGGAAGUGACAUAUCCUCUGGUAGGACACCCUACAGAACGUACACUUUGCCUGGAAUGGACACAACCUCUGAAUCUUUUCAGAAUUACUUCGUACCCCAAGGAAUCAGUACAUCUCGUGGUCCUGCUUCCGAUGUACGCUCGGGACACCCUGGAAACAGAACCUACGUUUUGUCAGGAAGUGACAUACCCUCUGAAUAUUUUCCGCUUCGCUUUGUACCCCAAGAAAUCAGAAUAUCUCGUGAUCCUGCUCCUGAUGCUAGUUGGAGAGGGCUUAGUGCUGAAGUUUUUCCUGACAGGUCAGAAAGUGAGUUUGACCAGAGUUACAGCCAAUACUUCCAGCCACUGCGACCUACAACUCUCCCAUCCGCUGCUCCGAUGCGCUACAGAGUCAGCGGCUCUGACUCAUAUGACUCUUCUUGGGUAUAUUGCCGACCUAGUGAGAUUAGUAGCCCCAUCCCCAGUGGCAGGAGUGACAGGACUUACCAUUUGCCACGACAAACACUGACCACAUAUGUCCCAGUUAUGCCAAGCAGAAUAGAAACUCUUUCAUGGCUGGAUGAUUCCUCCCGUAUUAGGCCAUUAAGUACUUUUACCAUGUCCACUCCCUCCUGGGAAAGGAUUAGAGCUCCAGUUGGUGCUCCAGUUCAUCCCCCUGCUCCAGUCAACACAUCCUUCAGUGUCAGACGACGUAGAUCCCAUUCUUUGCCUCCAUUCAGAUCUGACAGCCAGGGUAGCUCACCCAACACCAGAAGAAUUCAGGAAAUUUAAUUAUCAGACUCUUGGCUGUGACAGUUUUCCUAAGGAAUAUCCCAGCUUCAGAAGGGAAAAAGCUCUAGAAAUGUAAAAAGAGCUAAUUAAAAUACAGCUUUACUUACGUUUG